AUGCUCUUCUCCCGCGUGACCCCGGUAGCCCUACUCUUCGCCCUCGCGACGUCCGCCCUGGGCGCAGUAAACACUAAGCAGACUGUCGACGGCCUGAAUGACCUCCAGAAGCGCGUCAUAGAGGCCCGCAAGAGCAUUGAGGGAUGGAACGGUGGCCUGAUGGGCGCCAUUCCCGUCGCCAGCAAAAUCCAAACAUUGCAGAAUACUGCUGCCAACACACGCAGGACCAUCGAUCAGUCAGAUGCCUUUGAGAAUGACGACCAGGAUGCUGUUAUGGCAGCUUAUCAGCAAUUACAUCCAGAGCUUGUAGGAGCCCUAAAUGCAGCAGAGCAGAAGAUCCAGGCGCCGGCCUUCAAGGAUGCGGGAGUGGGCUUCGUGGCGAGGGCUAUGAUAGAAGAUCUCAGUGCUGAGAAGGACAAAUUUAAGACCGCUAUGCAGGGGAAGGUGCCUGCCGAGAGCUACCGCAGCGUUGAGCCUGGUAUGGCUGAGGUCGAUGCUGCCUUUGAUAAGACUCGCAAGGCGCUCGCUGCUUAA